AUGUAUACAUCUAAACAACCUUUUCUUAAAUCUAAGCAACCCUUUAGUAAAUCCAAGCAAACUUUUAAUAAAUCCAAGCAACCCUUUCGUAAAUCCAAGCAAACUUUUCGUAAAUUCAAACAACCUUUUCGUAAAUCUAAACAACCUUUUCGUAGGCGUCCCCGGAUUGGCCCGGGAGAUCGAAUUGAUUAUAGAAACAUGAGUUUAAUUAAUAGAUUUAUUAGUGAACAAGGAAAAAUAUUAUCGAGACGAAUAAAUAGAUUAACCUUGAAACAACAACGAUUAAUUACUCUUGCUAUAAAACAGGCUCGUAUUUUAUCUUUUUUACCGUUUCGUAACUAUGAGAACGAAAAACAAUUUCAAGCCCAGUCAAUUUCAAUAAUUACAGGUUCUAGACCCAGAAAAAAUAGACAUAUUCCUCAAUUAACGCAAAAGUACAAUUCCAAUCGAAACUUAAGAAACUACAACCAAAAUUUAAGAAACAACAACCGGAACUUAAGUUCCGAUUGUUGA